ACUCUCUGGUGCCACACACAGCCACCUGUGGGAUUCUUCUCCAUAGAAAUCAAGCAAAGGCUUGGCCCAUCACUUACAAAUAGCCUAUGGUGUGUAUAUGCCAUAUUAUUCUUAGAAGCUGCAAAAAUUACUUAUAAUGUCGAUUGAGGCUCUAGCAAUGGCGGGUGUGGAUUAUAUCAAGUCCGGCAUCGACCUGGAGGAGGUAGAGCGAGGAGACGAGGAGAAGACGGCGCCACAGCAUCUCUUGGCGGUGGAGCACAAGGCCGGGCAAGUUGUUACGGUAAAGAGCGAUGAGAAAUGGCAGGUGGACGCAACAAUAGGAGCAUGUGCCGAAUCGGUUGCUUCCUCAGCGGAGAAGUCGGAGACUUCAAUAUAGAAAGAUCGCUGUGUUCGAUAGAUGUGGUUGCCUCUUGUGCAAUAAUAAGAAACGAAAAUACUAUAGAAUUUUUUCUAUGGUAUACCAUAUAAUAUUUUUAAAGUAAAAUAAUUUGUACAUUAUGAUUAUGAUAUUGUUGUUUUAAUUAGUAGUUAAACAUUUUAUUAGAAGUCUCAAAUUUUGUUUUUGAUAUUAAAAUAUUUAAAUUUAA